UAGGCCAUGCGGCCAGCCCUCCCCGUCUUUGUCCCAGCGAGCACUGCACUCGGCAACGCCAGCGUGCCCUUCGACGCCGGCGUCCUGCACACUGAAAUGCACCCUGCGGUAGCGAUCAAACGGGCGCAAGUUGACCGUGCUCUCCAGGCCGAGAAAGCGCAAGCAGUCGGCAGGGGCGGCGCAAGAAGAGUUAGCCGGGGCCGCGGCCGCGGCCAUGGUAGCGGGUGUUAGAAGCGCGAGGAGCGUGGGG